GUCUAUAAUGUUAUCAAUUCUUACUUUGUUGAGUAAAUUGGCACUGAAAUCUAAACUCGGUCAUGCAUAUUUGGAGGGCGUUUGCGGCACAUGAUAAUCGACCUAUUCGAUCUUAUGCUUUCUGAUGAAAGAAAGUUAGUAAUCGUGAGGAAACUAUUCUAGAAGCAUGAAAAAAGUAAUAAGAAAUUCACCAAACUCGGUACUGACAGGGGUCGUCAUCAACAUUGGCUGGGACUGGCAGAUGCUCAUCCAGGCUCUUCAUAGGACGAAGAGAAAGAGAAUCCGACGCACCAUCCUCGUAGGCUUGUUGUCGAGUAAAGUCCACGAUGACCUUGAUUUGAAAUUCCCGAGCUUUGUGGCAAUAUCCUGGAUGUUGCAGAGAUCUCGAGAAUGACCAGUAGGCUCUUUCAAAACUGUCCAUUGCCAUGAAAUUCAUCGCCUCAAUAAAGAAUGCGGUGCCAACAAUAUCCCUAUAUCGGAACCGCCGAACUUCGCUUCGGGCGGAGAUCUCAUUCAUCACACGAUCCAAUUGGCAAAGAGAUUCAUGGUACUUACCAGUGGCAUACAGGAUAGCUGCAAGGAAGACCCGAGAAUGGAGCACUUCAGCUACCGAUAUACACGAGCUGGCCAUGAGCGAAGUCUCAAGUGUACUGCGCGCAGCUUCAAUAUCUCCCCUUUUCCACUCCUCCUCUGCGCCUUUGAGGUACUCCUUACCUGUACAUACCCAGACAUCAUCAAUCCAGUGUAUGCACUGGGCGGCCUCUGAAUUCACCAAGGAAGCAGGCAUCUCCGAGAGGUCGUCUUCCAGCCGCAGAGCCACGUAAUUGAAAUCUCCCAUACGCGACUGAGCAUGUGCGACAAGUAGGUCAGACUCUGCAAGUCUCGCCUUGAGGUUCUUGAUCUUUUUUUCUGCUCCUUGAAGCUGUCGAGCAAGGUUUGCAUUUGCCGUGGCGAGUAGUUCAACAUUCCAGUUUGCGAAUUGCUCUUCCUUCUUCGCAGACUGACCCCUGCGCAUGUAAGCGAUUAAUAUUGAUAACAUUAUGGUGAAGCGAAUAGGAAGGCGAGCUUGGGGGCAAUGGCUUCUAGAAGUCCAGGUCAUGGAAGGCGACCGUCUUGAUCAGGAACUCCUAAGCCUUUAUAUAGUCAGCUGAUCCGGAAAUUCGCUGCUUCAAAAAAUCAGUGACAGAAAGCCAAAGUUCUCAUAGACAAUCGCAUUCUUGCUGAAAGCCUUCAAUGACCAUUGUUGUGUGCCUCAAAAUAGCUUGUAUUGUUGCAUGUUAACAGUCGCUCAAAGGAUCAGCCCAUUCGAGAGAUUGACAUUAGUUAGUUUGAAGAACCCUCUGUUGCCAGCUUUGAAAAAAAAAUCAAAGAAGAGACGAGCGGUCGCAGAUGGUUACUAUUGUGGAUAUAGGUAGCAUCGUUAAUAUCAACAUACGAGAUCAUACGAGGAUGAAUCAUUCGAGUGGAUUCAAAAAGCGCGCAAAUCGCGCUAGCGGCCAACAGAGGCCGGAUCUAGAUCGAACGACACGAGCGUCGUAAAUUUGUCAGCCUUGACUUUUGUUCCAUGAUUGCAAGACUCGCUCCGUGUUUUCAUUAGUUGACUAAACUUGGACUUAGACUUUUGACUAAAGCCCGCCAUAACAGAAAAUCCACCAAGUGCAAAGCGAGCAAACAGGCCAAACCGGCGCUAUGACCUCAGCGCGUCGUGAAGCUCUUUGACCCCACACCCGCGAUCACCGCGACUGGAGGGAUCGGAACGACGACUGGGGCAAUGCGCUCACCAAGAGUGGACAUUCGCGACGUCAGACGGCAAUACACGGCUGCUUCGACCGGUCCUGGUCCAAUCUGGUCCAAUCUGAUAAUGCGGAUCCGCGCCGGAACAGGAGUGACCCUCGAUCUAGACUUGCGGGGCUUCCCUGAUGCAAACAUGUUCUACGAAACAAAACCGGGUCUACACGGGCCAAUCUGACUGAAUAUUUAGGAUAUUUUCCUUGGAGCUUGCAAAUGCAAAAAUGUCAAAUACAGUAAGGUCUUGUGUGGAUGACUUUUCCGUGGUCUUCUGCGCCCCCUCGUGCAGCCUGCCUCGGGAUUUGACUGGUGGUGACUCUCGUCUGGGUCGUCCUUGCCCCUGGUGUUUGGCGAUGAUUCGUCAUAGAGUUUAGCUCUAUAAGCUGCGUCCGAGGUACAGCUAUUUCCAGGAUUAUUUCUUAAAACCCUGGCCUUUCCCCCUCUCUCGACAUUUGCACACGUGUUUCUUUUCUUCCAGUAACCGGCAACACAAUGUCUCCAACGGCGCUGAGGAAUGUGGACGCAGUCGAGAUUGUCGACAUCCACCAGGAUGACAUAAAAUUCUCCCUCGUGGAUGAGCUUUACACAAGUCUGAAUCCCGCGGAGGAUAAACCACGUUCAUUCCCCACGCUCCUCCUCUAUGACACCAGGGGACUCAAGAUUUUCGAAAAGAUCACCUAUCUGGACGAAUACUACCUCACAAACGCGGAGAUCGAGGUUUUGACAACACAUGCACAGAGAAUCGUCGAGCGGAUACCGGAGAACGCACAGCUGGUGGAGCUUGGUAGUGGAAAUUUGCGCAAGAUCGAGAUUCUUCUGCGGGAGUGUGAACGGGUGGAAAAGCAGGUAGACUACUAUGCAUUAGAUCUAUCGCUGGUCGAACUACAACGAACUUUCUCAGAGAUUUCACCCGAGGGCUUUAACUAUGUCGGGCUCCACGGUCUUCAUGGAACAUAUGAUGAUGCUCUCUUAUGGCUGAAGAACCCAGAGAACCGCACCAGACCAACUGUGGUACUAUCUAUGGGGUCAUCCCUGGGUAACUUUGACCGCACCGCAGCCGCGGACUUCUUGGACGGCUUCUCUAAAGCUUUGGGUCCGUCGGAUUUUCUGCUCAUUGGAUUGGAUGCUUGUAAGACCCCGGAGAAGGUUUACAGAGCUUACAACGACUCACAAGGCGUGACACGGCAAUUCUAUGAAAACGGGCUGGCACAUGCCAAUUCCGUGCUCGGCUUCGAGGCAUUCAAGGCUAGUGAGUGGGAAAUUAUUACCGGUUACGAUGAAUUCAAUAGCAGACAUCAGGCCUUCUACUCACCGAGGGUUGAUGUGACUAUCAACAAGAUUCGGAUCCCAAAGGGAGAGAAACUUAUCUUUGAGGAGGCAUAUAAGUAUGGUAUCAAUGAGCGUGAGCAACUCUGCCGCAACGCAGGAUUGAUUCCCCAGGUUGUGUUCGGAAAUUUAACGGAUGACUAUCAUAUUCACCUGCUUUCGCCAGCCUCUCUGAACAUCCCACUGCAGCCAUCUCAGUACGCAGCUCAUGCAGUUCCGACACUUGAAGAGUUUCAGUCACUGUGGACAGUGUGGGACGUUGUGACCAAGACAAUGGUUCCCCGAGAGGAACUUCUUUCGAAACCUAUCAAGCUCCGGAACGCUCUCAUCUUCUAUCUCGGUCAUAUCCCUACCUUUCUCGAUAUUCAUUUGACUCGCGCUUUGCGUGGGAAGCCCACCGAUCCGAAAUACUAUAAGCAGAUCUUUGAGCGCGGCAUUGACCCUGAUGUCGAGAAUCCAGAGCAGUGUCACGCUCACAGUGAGAUCCCGGACGAGUGGCCACCUCUUGACGAGAUCCUGGACUACUCGGAGCGGGUACGAAACAGAGCACGAUCCAUUCUUGAGGAGGGGUCUGCCCUCCAGAACCGUUGUCUUGGCGAGGCUCUGUGGAUUGGCUUUGAGCACGAGGCAAUGCACCUCGAGACCUUCCUCUACAUGCUACUUCAAAGUGAAAAGACCCUUCCCCCGAUUGGAGUGGAAACUCCCGAUUUUGCCAAGUUGGCUCUGACUGCAAAGGAAAAUGAGACUGACAACCAGUGGUUCCGGAUCCCACAACAAUCAUUCACAAUUGGUUUGGACGAUUCCGAUGAUAAUGUUCUGCCGAAGGAUUCUUUUGGGUGGGAUAAUGAGAAGCCACAAAGAUGCGUCCACGUACACUCGUUUGAGGCUCAAGCUCGACCAAUCACCAACGGAGAGUACGCCAAGUAUAUGCAAGCGAACCGUCUGGAAGAAAUUCCAGCAUCUUGGACACGCAUUCACUCUGACCAGGGUAAUCCAAUCUCGAAGGGAUUCGGUGAGUCACGCCAGAGUGCAGCCCGAGACUUUAUGGAUAGCUUCGCUGUGAGAACUGUUUUCGGUCCGGUGUCUUUGGAUCUUGCACAAGACUGGCCGAUCAUCGCUUCAUACGAUGAAUUGGCUCGUUAUGCCAAAUGGACAGGGUGUAGGAUUCCCACCCAUGAAGAGGUCCGGAGCAUUUAUCUCUACGCCGAUCAGCUUCGAGGAACAGGAGUGCACAAGAUUACCAAUGGUCACAGCAACGGAAUGAAUGGGACCUCUCAUCAAGUCAAUGGCACUUCCAACGGAGUCACGCACAUGACAAAUGGGACGGCCAAAAACUCUUCAACGGCAGAAACACCAGUAUUCCGCGCACUCGAUGGCUGCAAUGUUGGUUUCCAGAAUUGGCACCCUGUUCCAAUCACGCCAAACGGGGACAAGCUCGCCGGACAGGGUGAUCUGGGCGGCGUUUGGGAAUGGACCAGCACGCCACUCAUGGCACACGAGGGUUUCAAAGCCAUGGAGAUUUACCCGGGUUACACAUCGGACUUUUUCGACGGAAAGCACAAUAUCAUUCAAGGUGGCUCGUGGGCAACUAUGCCCCGGAUCGCGGGACGGACUUCAUUGUGAGCUCCCUUUCCCGAACGACUUGAAGAAGGUUUGCUAAUUUUCUAGUGUGAACUGGUACCAGCACAACUACUUGUACGCCUGGGUAGGAGCGCGGUUGGUGCGCGAUGUGGCUGAAUAGAUGUUUGGGAGCUGCAAUAACUUAAUCUAAAGGGGCCUCCUAGAUGUCGUGGAUGGCUAGCCACUUCUCAUCUCCUUCAAUACAGCUACCUUUCUAGCUCGCCACUCAAUCACUCAAAACAAUAAUAUACUUCGUAGCUAAGGAAUAUUUAUACCAUCACGCGAGAUCUUUUUUUUUCGAGGUUCAAUCGCACGACGCUUAAGCAGACUCCAUUGUCACUGGUAUAAGCUACCGGAGACAAUUAAUGGCGAUGAGAG